AAAACGCUUUUUUUCAUCAAAAUUCGAAACAACCUCAAAAAAUGUCACCCAUAAACGAAUCCAUCCUGCGAUCGACGCGUCAAGUUCGACCAAUUUUAUCGCUGGACAAUCAGGAAGCCCGCAAGCGAGUUAUCAGCCUGUACAAGUCUUGGUAUCGCCAGAUUCCCCAAACAGUGCAUGAAUUUGACAUUCCCAAGUCCGUGGCUCAGUGUCGAACGAAAUUGCGAGAGGAAUUUCUGCGACAUCGGGCCGUAACAGAUGUUCGUGUGAUUGACAUGCUGAUAUUCAAAGGACACCUGGACCUGAAGGAGACGAUCAAUCGCUGGAAGCAGAAGAGUCACCUUAUGCGGUACUGGAAUGAAUCACAGGAACCGAAGCCGAAGGACUUUCUGACUAAGUUCUAUCGGGGUUACGAAUGAGACUGAAGUAAAUCAGUGGUUUAUUCAUUACAACAUGUAAUAAAUAUUAUAACUCAUCUUGAAAGGUUGGAAUUAAAUUGCUAGUACAGCAACGAAUUGUGAAUAAAGAAUGUCUUUUCUGGUUGUGUUUUUGUGUUGUUAAAUAACUGUUGAAAAUUUGAGCCUUUCAUUUAAUAUAUAAAUUA